CACACACACUUAAAAACAGAGAGAGAAAACUGAGAAAGACAGACAGACUGAAAGCUCUUGAGGUCAGAAGUAGAAUUUCUUAAUUGACAAAAGAACUAAAGUAACACUGAGAGGAUAUCAAUUUUGGUGUUCCCCUUCUUACAUUUCUUUCUUGUGGGUAACAAGAGAAAAGGGGAAUUGGAUAUGUCACUUCUUUUUUGAAAUACUGUAGUUUUUCAUUGCUGCUUCAAUGUCCCACAGUGACAGACGAUAAGGACACAGUGAGAAGGUCCACAGAAGAUCAGAAGAUGAACAACACACUGUCAAACACUUCCAAGUGUGUUCGGGAUACCAGUCUCACAGCUGUGAUUUUCCCCUGCCUAUACAGCAUUCUCUUUGUAGUCGCCCUGAUACUCAAUUCCCUGGCUGCAUGGAUCUUCUUCAGCAUCCCCAGCUCCUCAACAUUUGUGGUCUUUCUUAAAAAUGUGGUGGUGGCUGACUUGCUGAUGACCCUGACCAUCCCCCUGAGAGUCUUAAGUGAUGCAGGCGUGGGUCACUGGCAACUACGCGCCUUCCACUGCCGAUACUCUGCCGUUCUCUUCUACAUCACCAUGUACAUCAGCAUCCUCUUGCUGGGCCUCAUUAGCCUGGACCGCUACCUGAAGAUAGUCAGGCCCCCCGGGAGGUGUGCCCUGCAGCGGGUUCGUGUUGGUCAGGUGCUGAGUGCUGCUGUCUGGGCAGUCAUGUUGUCUUUAGCACUACCCAACGUCAUCCUGAGCAACCAGCCGCCAAAGGUCUCUGGAGGCAGACUGAAGUGCACCUCCAUGAAGAGCAAAGCCGGCCUCCUCUGGCAUGAAGGAUUCAACUACUUCUGUCAGGUGGUUUUCUGGGGCACGCUGGCCUUGAUGGUGGUCUGCUACACGUUCAUCAGCAAGAAGGUAUAUGAGUCAUACAAAGCCUCAAAGAUCAAAUCUCGAGCAGUCAGUCGCAGAACCAAGGCAAGAGUUUUUGUUGUGGUGGGGGUGUUUUUCAUAUGCUUCGCCCCGUUUCACUUUGCCCGCGUUCCAUACACUCUGACACAAACCGGCAGCAUGGUUAGCCCUUGCCAGGCCCAGAAUGCUUUGUACAUCGCAAAAGAAACCACCCUGUGGCUGUCGGCCACUAAUGUGUGUCUGGACCCGCUUAUCUAUGUGUUCCUGUGUAAGGUGUUUAGUAAAAGACUUGCAGCUGCUAUCUGCUGUAAGCCACUCCACCCAGGUGCCAUAGAUUCUCACACAGCAACAUCAACUCAAAUGGAGAUGUCACAGAUUGGCCAAAGUAACGGACUGGCAUAUAAUGAGCCGCCACAGCAGCAUGCUGAACAAUGAACAAUGGAAAAAUAAUAACUGUAAUUGUCGACGCUUAAUGAAACACUGCCUGAAAGUGUAUUUAAGUUGUAAAUAGCUUUUGUUUUAUCGCGAUGACACCUUUUUU